CUGGUCCGGCACUGGUUCUAGAGCCUUGAGCCGGGGCAGCGAGGCGGGAGUGCCUGGCCAGGGAGCCGCAUGGAGCCGAGGGAGGCGGACAGCUGCUUCCUGGGCGACGUGGGUUUCUGGGUGGAGCGCACUCCUGUCCAUGAGGCUGCCCAGCGAGGUGAGAGCUUGCAGCUCCAGCAGCUGAUUGAAAGCGGUGCCUGUGUUAACCAGGUUACGGUGGACUCCAUCACACCAUUGCAUGCAGCCAGUCUGCAGGGCCAGGCACGGUGUGUGCAGCUGCUGCUGGCAGCUGGAGCUCAGGUGGAUGCCCGCAACAUUGAUGGCAGUACCCCUCUCUGUGAUGCCUGUGCCUCAGGUAGCAUCGAGUGUGUGAAGCUCUUGCUCUCCUAUGGGGCAAAAGUGAAUCCUCCAUUGUACACAGCAUCCCCACUUCAUGAGGCUUGCAUGAGUGGGAGUUCCGAAUGUGUGAGGCUUCUUAUAGAUGUUGGAGCCAAUCUGGAAGCCCAUGAUUGCCACUUUGGGACCCCUCUGCACGUUGCCUGUGCACGGGAACAUCUGGACUGUGUCAAAGUGCUGCUCAAUGCAGGGGCCAAUGUGAAUGCAGCCAAACUUCAUGAGACAGCCCUUCAUCAUGCAGCCAAAGUGAAAAAUGUCGACCUCAUUGAGAUGCUUAUUGAGUUUGGAGGCAACAUCUAUGCCCGGGACAACCGGGGAAAGAAGCCGUCAGAUUACACUUGGAGCAGCAGCGCCCCUGCCAAGUGCUUCGAGUACUAUGAAAAGACACCUCUGACCUUGACACAGCUCUGCAGGGUGAGCCUAAGGAAAGCCACUGGUGUUCGAGGGCUGGAGAAAAUUGCCAAGUUAAACAUCCCUCCCCGGCUCAUUGAUUACCUCUCCUACAACUGAACUGCAGCAGGUGGCCAGGUGGACUGGCUGCUAGCCUGGCUGCUGCUCUUGUGCCUAGCCUUGGCUGCAGGGGGUUGUGUUUGUCUGAAAUGGUGUUAUUAUUAUAGAUAGAAUAAUGCUCUUUUGAGUCCCUCUCGGUUGUCGCCUUUGGUUUUCUCUCCUGAAUUCUGGAUAAGGUCUCCUAGCCUCAGUGAGGUCAGCGUCUCAGGUCACAGUCAUAGGUAUGACUCUGUACUGGUCCUCCAGAAAGGAUGUUCUCACUCUAGGGUGGGCCACCUGUCCAGUUUUCCUUUUUUCACUAACCUCUCUCAAAGGUACUCUCAAGACAGAUGAGUCAAGGACCAUGAGGGAGGCCACACAGGGCUGGGAACUUACAGCAUUGCUGGUGGUUUUCAUGGUUAUCUGGGUAUCAUGGCACAGAAGCCCCAGGUCCAAGGCAGCUCACCCUGUUGCCUGGGAUGUCCAUUCACCUGACAUUAUCUUGUCACCUGUACAGUACUUCUGGGGCAGCACUUGGCACUGUCCAAAGCCUAUCUAUGCCCAGGUAUAUCCAUCACUCAGGGGUCUUAGUGGGGGAAGACACAAGCUUUGUGUCCCCACAAACAAUACUGUUUUUAAAGAAGUCUGUUUUCAAUGUUAGGUGUCAAUUCUUCAGUUGAAACAGUGAUGUAGGGUGCAGAACCUUUAGACGAUAUAUAGGUUGUAACAUUGAAGGUUUCUUAAUGAACCAUACAAAUAAUAGGGAAUGUGAAGACUGCGUACAUUCUCAUAGGUACUCAUUUUCAAUGUUAAUGGCUGUUAGGGGACUGUUUAGAGAUUGUUUUUCUCUGUUUCUGUACUUGUCAAGUGAAUUCUUCCCCCACCCUUUUUUUGCUGACUCCUGUAAGCUGUAAAACUAGUAGAUGUUGGCUGUACCCCACAGGCCCUAGCACCUGUGCAUUAAUUCUUUUUUUUUGAGAUGCUUGUGAAGCCUCUAAUGUGCAAGGCAGUGAUCCAGGCUUGGAAUUGAUAGGAAUCAGACUCAUCAGCCAAGGCAGGAAACAAAAAUGUUUUGCAACCUUUCUCAAUAGUAAUAGGAACAAAUCCUUCUAUGUUAUAAGCUAGGAGCUGAAAUAUUAGUGUAUUCAUAUGGCAUUUACCUAACAUUCUCUAUUUUAAUUUUAAAAAAUCCACAUAUUGCAGGGAUUGCCAGAGGAUUUUGCAUAAUACUUCAAGUAUAUUUUGUUUCUGAGGAAAUAGAGUGGGCAGCCAUUGUAAACACUUGUGUGAGUCAUACCUGUCCUGAAGCCAGAGUGCCCAGGAUGGGGACAGAGUCCUCCCAGCUCCUGCCGGGCCUGCCUGAGUCCACAGAAUGUGGGACACAAUGAGACUGAGCGCACAAAAGUGAUACUGUUUGUGUCACCCGAAGGGAGCAUCGCCCUGCAUGGUUACUUGGGGGGGGGGGCGCAGGUCUGGUGAAGAAUUUCAUGGCAGCUGUGUCGGAUGUUUGCAUCGCUGCCAUUUUAGCUAUUGCUGGAAAGGGGCUUCAUAUGCGAUGAAAAGGGCCACUUUCCUUUGGCUACAAUUUUAGACACAAAUUCUGAUAAAUCAGUGUUUCUGCAUGUAAUAGCAAUAAUGAUUUUAAGUAAGUGGAUUCUGCCUCUCAUUUCUGUAACAGAAACUGGUCUCUAGCAAUAAAAUCUGAUAACACUGACAUACAAUAGAAUCAGAUUCCAAUACUCUUAUCAAUAAAAGUGGUUAAAUAAAGUUUA